AUGAGACUCUCCGAUGGUCAGAACGUGGUGCAUGCCAUCGAAUUUGGCGGCAAAUUAGCUUUGGACGAAAAUGCACUGCCGGGAACAAAGAUACUUUUAACGGCUAGGGUUCUCCUUCGGAGAGGGAUCCUGUUGCUAAAUCCUGCGAAUUGUCAGGUGCUUGGAGGUGACUGCGGGAAGCCGUUGGAUCUCGCUCUUCUGUUUGCAGAACGUCUAGGCAUCAAACAUGAUGUGAAAACCAAUUGCCGCGUUCCUCCGGAAAUUCCAGCUGCACUUCCACUCUUUGUGGAGACAGAAGGCGGGAAAACGGCUAAUGCUGGAAAGAAUGCAGCCAAUUUACCUACAAUCUCUCCAUUUCUUGUGCGC